AAUAAGCGUGAACGUUUGAAAAAGCCGGCUGUCAGCUGUGUAGUCCUCCUGUAAUUUUAAAGUUCGCUCUUCGCGUGAUUAUAUGUUAAAAUUUAUUUAUAUUUUUAUUGCGAGAAAUAAGAUAUAAUAAACGCAAUUAAUUAUGAACCUCCAAAUUUUUAAUAAUAGAAAGUGAAAGUGUACGAAAUAGUUACUUUUUACGGUGGUGUACAUGAACUUGUGAUCAAUUAAAAUGGCAGCUACGCGGCUAUGUAUGCUUCUAUGUGCGACGCUUAUUCUUGCGGAAGCCAGAAUACACCAUCAGAAACGCGAAACGAAAUCACAUCUAUGCGAUCCAGUGUUCAAUAACACGAAUAAAAUACAAUGUUAUUGCAAUCGAGACUCCCACGAACCCGAUCUGGUACGCAGCGCUGAAUGCUAUCCCACUGUCAACGGAGUAACACAAGAAGAUCCCAAUUGGGACGAAUUUUUAGAACUGGAAAACGUACACAAGCUAUCCUUCACAAACACUAGGGGUAUCGUUUUAAAAUACAUACCAACACAAGCAUUAAAAUACACGAAAUCACUUCUAAAACUAGAAGUGAAAUAUGCCACGAUCGAUACCAUUGAAUCAUUUGAUUUUGCAAAUUUAACAUUUGUCGAAGAUAUCACUCUAAGAGAUAAUCAGAUUAAAGUUUUAAAAACGAAUGCCUUCGCUCAUCACAGAGACCUCACAAUCCUCACUCUUGAUUCUAACAGCAUUGUAGAAAUUAACCGAAACGUGUUCGUAGAUCUGCCAUCUUUAGAAAAACUUUAUUUGACUAGAAACAAACUAACGACGAUACACGAUAGAGCUUUUGUGCAUUUAACUAAUUUAAGGGAGCUGGAAAUCGAUAGAAAUAAUUUGUUCAGUCUAAAUAGCGAGACGUUUUCGGGUUUAAAGAAGUUGGAGAAAUUAGAUCUCAGUAGCAAUAGUUUAGAAGUGAUAGGCGAUAAUACAUUUUUGCCGUUAAAAAACCUCCAGUCAUUAAAUUUGGAUGGAAACAAAAUACAAAUGCUCGACGAGAAAGCGUUCAGCGGUCUCAGUGAACUGCAAGGAUUGUCAUUGGCACACAAUGCGCUUUCUGAAAUAAAGAAUGAAAAGAUCUUUAUUGGUUUAAAAGCUUUGAGGAUGCUUAGUUUUAAAGGCAAUCAGAUACGACACUUGGAAGAAGAAGUUAUGGCGCCCUUACUGGAGAACUUGUAUAAUAACGUCAGCAGUUUAGAUGUCGAAGAUAACAUCUUCCCUUGCGACUGCCGCUUAGAUUGGUUCAUGUCCCUCAUGAACAACACACAAAGCCCACACAUGAAGCUUGCUAUUGAAAACUUAAAAUGCGUUCCAAGUACAGAAAUCAGAGAAAAAUGGACGAAAACAGUUGAAGCCGAGAAAAACGCGCAAGACAUUGAAGACGGCGACGUACAAGGAAACGAUUAUGAAUAUUACGAUGAUACACAACUCAACGGGAAACUGUUUUACAUCGACAUGCGAUUCCUUCUAAACUGCUCCGGAAAUUACGACAAUCUCCUCAAAUCAGAUGUUGAUGUGACGAAACCGAAAGCAAAACUAGAUGCAACAACAACUACAAAAUCUGUUACGACUAAUAAACCAAUUACAACUGCUGUUACGCCGAUCGUUGAUAAAGUGACUAAAAAUCCAUUGCACAAUUCUGUUACAACGAAGCUUCCCCGUGUGUAUGAAAAUAUCGAAAAGACCAACGAUAAAAAGCAAAAUUCGUACACAACCAGUCGCUUAUCAACUGUUUCAGCUAAACCAAUUAACAGUGGUUUCUUUGAUGAUCACGAUAUGGCAUCUGAUGAAGGAAAACCGGAUAAAAUUAAAGCACAUAGAAGCAUUCAGGAUAGAGUUGAAGAUAAACCCAACAAUAGUAUUAAUAGCGGGAAUAAAAAUGUAGGCUGUGUUUCAGUACUCCUUGUUAUCGUUAGUUUUAGGUUAUUACUGUAAUUCAAUUAAGUUAUUUUUAAAUUAAGUACCUACAAUUAAAAAGUUGCUGAGUCAGUUGAGCUAGAGUUAUUCAUCGGUAGGUUUACUCUGAUUAUUUAAACAAGUAUUGAUAAGUAGUAUAUAAUAAUGUCGAAAUAUAAUAAAACUGCUCAUUGGUGUAUUGGGUAUCUACACUGUCAUUAUCAUAUAAAUAAAUCAAAGGAAUAAGAAACGAGAUUUUACUUUCUAAUAAAAAGAUCUGAAUGUAUGUUUAGUUCAGAAGAUGUGGUAAAUAUGUAAUACUAAGUAUAAUAUUUAAUCUCACAGUCACUAAAGGUAAUAAAUGAUAACUUAGU